AUGACAAGGAUUAUCAUCACAGGCGCAUCCGGUGUACUAGGAUCAGCAGUCUACGCAGCAUUCUCCUCACACUAUACACUCCUCGGAUUAUCCCACUCCUCACCAGACACACGCUAUACACCCAUAGACCUGCUAGACCCAGUCCAAGUCCAGAAAGUAUGGAACGAAUUUAACCCUGAUUGGGUCAUACACUGUGCAGCCGAGAGGAGACCUGAUGUCGCGGACAAGGAUUCAGAGAAGGCACAACGCCUCAACGCCGGCGUACCCGCCUUCCUAGCGCGCCUCGCUGCCCAAAUGGACCAUUCCCUCAUCUACAUCUCGACGGACUACGUCUUCCCCGGAACGUCCCCUCCCUACCUACCUUCCUCCACUCCGGACCCGCUAAACCUGUACGGCCGCACCAAGCUAGCAGGGGAACACGCGCUCCUCUCAUUUGAGAACUGCUCUUCUGUCCGGGUGCCGGUGCUAUAUGGACCGGUGAAGAAGUCUGAAGAUAGUGCGAUAAACGUACUCGAGAAAGUAGUACGGGACCAGUCUGGGAAACAGUAUAAGAUGGACGACUGGCAAGUCCGGUAUCCUACGAACGUGCUGGACGUCGCUACCUUCUUGCGGAAACUUGUCGAACUUGGGAAACCCCUCCCAAAGAUAAUCCACUUCUCCGCCCCGCACAAACACAGCAAAUACACCCUCUGCCUCGCCUUCUCCCAGCUUCUCUCUCUACCUUGCGCGCAUAUCACCCCGGACACUCCAGACCCCGCCUCCACAGGGCAGGAAUCGGUAAAGAGGCCGAAAGACUGUAGACUCGAUAUGCGGGAGACGGAGGAGCUUUUGGGUGUAGGGGAGGGGGAGGCGUGGGAUGGCGUGGAGGUGGUGAGGUGGCUUGAGGGGUGGUUUAAUCGGGAUAAAGGGGAGGGGGAGGGGGAAGCUUAGGCACGGAUGGGAUGGGAUGGGAUGGAGAUGGCGGCUAGAGAGGGGUCUGUAUAAC